UAGCUAGGUUUGCUAGUGUGUGUUGAAGCUGUGGAGACAAGAUGGCGAAUGCAGUUGUUUUGCUGCGGGAAUGAUUCAGGGCGGAUUUUCGUAGUUUUUUCGUUUAAAUCUGCGUAACUAGGGUGUAGUUUAUACAAGUUGUGAGUGUUUAUUAGGCCAGGCGCAGGUUUAAAGUGCUCGACAUGAAAGGGAAAGAGCGUUCCCCCGUGAAAAAGCGAUCGAGGGCGCUGGAUGAUCUGCGAGACCGCGGAGGGAGCCACCCGAGCAGUAAGAAAAUGGGGGUGAUUUCCAUGUCCGGAGGGAGCAACAACGGCAACAGUUCCUCCAAAAGCGAGGGAGGUUCAGCGAGAAGGAGCCUUCUAGGCGAUAAAAGAGACAGUAGGGACUUUGACGGACAUGUUUCCAGCCGCGCCGGGAACAGCUACACCAGCCCCAACUCGAAGAACCACAACUCGGGCCUGUCGCUGGAGGCAGUCGCCGCCGCCGCUGCUAGGGGCAACUCGCGGGCCGAGCCGCGGACUCCGCUCCCCGCCAACGACAGUGAGUACAAAACGCUGAAAAUCAGCGAGCUAGGCUCACAAUUAAGCGACGAGGAGAUCGAGGACGGGCUUUUCCACGAAUUCAAGAAAUUCGGCGACGUAAGCGUGAAGAUUAGCCGCGUAAACGACGAGAGAAUCGCGUUUGUGAACUUUAGGAGGCCUGACGACGCCCGGGCCGCCAAGCACGCCCGCGGCCGCCUAGUGCUGUACGACCGCCCUCUGAAAAUCGAGGCCGUGUACAUGAACCGGAGGAGAAGCCGCAGCCCGGUGGACAAGGACCAUUUCCCAGCAGUGGCUGGCCACAGACAUUUACACACCCAGAGGCCUCUCUCCCCUACUGGGCUCGGCUACAGAGACUACAGGUUACAGCAGCUCGCUCUGGGCCGCCUUCCUCCACCCCCUCCCCCUCCUCUACCCAGAGAGCUGGAGAGAGAGAGGGAGUUUGCCUUCUAUGAAGCAAGAGCCGCCAGGCCUGCCUACAUCGCUGAGAGGGCUGCUGCUGCUGCCGCUGCCUUCAGAGAAGAGGACUUCAUCUCUCCAGAGGACGACCAAAGAGCCAACAGAACUUUAUUCCUGGGUAACUUGGACAUUACAGUCACAGAAAGCGAUUUGAGGAGGGCGUUUGAUCGUUUUGGGACCAUUACAGAGGUGGACAUCAAGAGACCUACGCGUGGCCAGAACAGCACAUAUGGCUUUCUCAAGUUUGAGAAUUUGGACAUGGCCCACAGAGCUAAGAUCAGCAUGUCUGGAAAGGUGGUGGGCAGAAACGCCAUAAAAAUCGGCUAUGGCAAGGCCACGCCAACCACACGCCUUUGGGUGGGUGGCCUAGGGCUUUGGGUUCCUCUAGCUGCUUUAGCGAGGGAGUUUGAUCGCUUUGGCACCAUUAGGACUAUAGACUACAGAAAAGGUGACACGUGGGCGUACAUCCAGUAUGAAAGCUUGGAUGCAGCUCAGGCAGCCUGCACUCACAUGCGUGGAUUUCCUCUGGGAGGUCCAGACAGAAGGCUGAGGGUGGACUUUGCAGACACUGAGCACAGAUACCAGCAGCAGUUCUUGCAGCCGCUUCCUCUGCCACACUAUGACCUCGUGGCGGAGUCUUUCGUCCACCGUGCCACUCCUGAAGCAAUCAGGGUCAGAGAAAGGACUCCACCACCACUGCACUUUAGAGAACGGGAGCUGUAUGCUGGGGCUGAGUGGCCAGCCCCUGCUAUUCGUGAAAGAGUAAGGACUCCUGCUUUCGAACCUCUAGAGCACUUGGAGAGAGAACGCCGUCCAAGAGAGCCCUGGUCCCUGGAGCGUGAGCUGCCUGGCAGGGAUGCUGCUCGCAAACGGCGCCUACUAGAGGAUGGGCGCCACCUGGAAUGCUCACCUGACAGCAGCAGCGAGUGGGCGGCACGACGCAGGAGACCACCUUCUCUGGAGGGCAGCCCUGGAGGCAGCAGCCGUGAUGGGCGUUUAAGUGACUCAGAGCGUCCGCUUCGAGCAGAGCGGCCGUCCCCAGCCAGAGAACGCCGCAGCAGCCUGGACAGAGGACCUGCAGAAAAGCGCCUCAAGAGCAGCAGCAGCCUGUCAGAGUCCGGCAUCGGAACAAGCCCAUCUGAGAGAAAGCGCAAAGCAGGAGAAGCAAGCAAAGGCCCCUCUAAAAGAGACAGAGCUGAGGGCAGCUCCAAAGGCAGCCAGUCAUCUAAGCAAGAUUCAGGAGGAAAGCUGAGCAUGGCCUGGAACGGCAUGCUCCUCCUGAAAAACAGCAACUUUCCAGCCAGCAUGCACAUCCUGGAUGGUGACCUCAGCGUGGCCAGCAGUCUCCUCGUCGACGGCAGCACCGGAGGCAAGGUCACCCAGCUCCGCAUCACCCAGCGCCUUCGCCUCGACCAGCCCAAGAUGGAUGAGGUGUCUCGCCGCAUCAAAGUCGCAGGCCCGGGCGGGUAUGCGGUUCUCCUGGCAGUUCCUGGCAGCUCCGAGGACACGACGUCGUCAUCCUCCUCCUCAGCAGAUCCAGCAGCAUCGACGCAGCGUCCCCUGCGAAACCUGGUCUCCUACCUGAAGCAAAAGCAGGCAGCCGGGGUCAUCAGCCUACCUGUCGGGGGCAGUCGCGAUAAGGACAACACGGGGGUACUGCAUGCCUUUCCGCCCUGUGAUUUCUCUCAGCAGUUCUUAGAUUCCUCUGCGAAAGCUCUUGCCAAAACAGAAGAGGACUACCUGGUCAUGAUUAUCGUCCGCGGAGCAUCUUAACAAUCAGAACACACCAAAAAAAUGCAUUGUAAAAAAAAAAAAAGAAAAAAAAAAUGUGUCUCAAUUGUGCAUGCUCUGUUAAGCCUGGUGCAGCAAAUUCUAGUUUAAAUGGGUUAAAGUGGGUUUGUGUCAUCUGUUCUGCCAAAUGCAAUGCAUGGGGAUAAAACAUGCCACACUCAGAUAGCUGAAUUGGUUUCCUUAUCGCAAUAUUUGCUUAUCAUUACAAGUUAUGAGUCUUUUGUCCAAACUAAAUCAUCUUUGUGCAAAGCUGUAUUAUAAGAGUGGUUGAUAAAAAGGCAGACAUAGAAUUAGAAAAUUAAAUAUUUGCCAGAAUAUUCUGUACUGUUAUAAAUCCUAUACUUUUUUGCAUAGAAGUUUAGACUACAAGCGGUUGCCCUUACAAGUAAUAACACAGAUGUUGAUUGAUUCAUGUCGUUAUGUUCAUUUUUCUGAUUUAAAAGGUAAAGGUAAUUGACUUCUUGUGACUUAAUGCUUGAAACAAUCACUUAACGAGUCAGUGAUAAGGUGUAACAUAGGCCUAGGUGUGUAGUUCUGUAGCCACCUACAGCAGUCAAGAUCUUUCUCACGUAGAAACUGCAUGUUUUCUCCAUUGUCCUGUUUUGAAACUGUUGCACAGGUAUUUCACGUUCAGAGUUCUGCAUAAUAAUACAGGCUAAUGUUGUAUACAGUGAUAGACACACAAUGUACCUUAGUAUUAAAAUGUUCAUCAGUGUGGAACUGGACAAAAAGAGCUACUGAGGCUACAAAUUAUUGAUUUGUGUCAGAUUUUAUUAUACCCAGGACCUCUUAAAACAUGAAUAUUUGGUUUAAUUUGAGCUACAUCUUUUAAUUUUACAUGUUUAUAAAAGGUACAGUAAGUUGAGUGCAUAUUAAGUUUAUAAUUUCAAAAGGUUAAAGAUAAAGGUUUCUGCUGUGUGAAGCAUAUUGAUCAGUGUGAGAUAUGGUAUACUGUGUCUUUCUUUUCCUUCCUAAAGUCAUUUAAAUUUGUAGUAAAAUCUAGUCAUUUGAGACAUUUCCCAUUUUAUAAUUUGAGUUUUUCUCUUCUCCCACACUGAGUACACGAUAAUCUCUGUUAAAGAUUGGUGAUUUAAUCAGUCCCUGGUUUCCAUUAAUUUCAGUGCUGUUGGUAUUAUCAUUAAUUAUUUAAAAUAAUUAUUAUUAUGCCAUCAAGUUUUUAGUAAUUAUAGCUUUGGAAUGCACUCAAAUAUUUCACAAAUCUGGUCUUUUCAUUUACAUUUUUGUCAACACAGUUUUUGCCAAGGUUUUGUUGUUUUUCCCACAUUAAUGUAAUUCAGGAAGAUAUGAUGAUCCUCUCAAAUUUACAUGUAGGUACAAAAAUAUGAUGUACCUUAAGGUUCACAGUUACUUGAUUAUUGAUGUGAUGUAAUUAAUAAUGUAAUCCUAUCAUAAUAUAUCUUACCUAUAUUAACCACAGUUAUCAUUGUAUUUCAUACUUCAAACAGGGCUGCUCUGUGCUUAACCUUUUUUUUUUUUUUUUUUUAGAAUAUUUGCAAAAUAUUUUAUUUUGAUUAAUUAAAAUUGUUUAAAUAGUAAGAUUAUUUGGUUACAACAAACAAACAAUAGAAUAUCUCAUUGCUGUUUCAAGACAAACAUGUGUCUUCAAAGCUUUAACUCUACAGGAGAAGUGUAUGUAAUUUUGGAGCAUUUCUAUUGGUCAUCCUUUCUUAAAUUCUUUGGGCAAAUUUUGACAAUGUGAAAGACAGCUGCUAAACUAAAAAUGAAAAAAAGUGGAGAUACAUGUUUGUUGGACAUGGACUAUCUGAAAUUGGUAAAGCAGAAUCUGUUAAUAAACCGUUACUUGAAAUAAAUAUAAGAACUUUAAUUUCUAUUCACAUGCAGCCCUGAAUUAAAGUAUGUUUCAAGUUUUCUGAUUUCUCAUCAGUUAUAUUACAGAUAUAUUGACGCUCAGUGUGUUUCAUUUAUUUUCAGACUGGUAGCUUAUAGCUUUACGUCAUGCAUUUUUUUUUCCUGUUUUGUUUUCUUCUCUUAAGUUGAUUUAAGUCAGUUGCAGUUUAAGGAAGGGUUCUGAUUAUUAACAAAUUUGGAGAUGUCGUGUGUUCUAGUUCUAUUUUUCAUUUUAAGAUCACACUAAAUUUCAUUAUGAAACAGAUUGGUUUGUGUAUUGAGAAUUUCAAAACUGUGUGUGAAAGAUAUACUGGAUAUACUGUACCUUCAGUAGACGUCUCACAGGAUGAGAUGAUGUAAAAGGACCAUUACGCCAGAGGACUUUCACCAUGGCCGGAAUCAGAAAUGAUUGUUUGAGCCCUUUGGAUGCAGAGGGGCAAGAGCUUUCCGUUUAAUGAUUGUGUAUUCUCGCUGAGAGAGCAGCUUCACACUUGUGUAAUUGUUUUUUUGUGCUUACAGUUCCCAUAUUUAAACGGAAAAAUGACCCUCUUGCUUUGUGCUGUGUUUCCCUGAUUUCUUGAAGGAGAGCAAAAAAAAAAAAAAAAGAGAGAG